CCAGUCGGGCCCAAGUCUGCGGGCCAGAAGCGAUUGGGGGCGAGUGAGCUCGGCCCCCCAGGCCCCGUCCGGGUCCCCCGCCCGGCCGCGGCGGUAUAUCCUGCCCUGCCGGGCCGCCUGUCCCUCGUGGAAGCGGAGCGGCGGCCUCCUGAAACGCAGAAGCGAAAUGUAGCCCGCCGGGGGUCGCGGCUGGACGCUCGCCUAGGCUGGGGGUGUAGGGGGCACGUCGGGGCCGAGAGGACCGCCGAGGAGGAGGAGUGAUGAGAAGAGGGGGAACUCUGCACCCCCCGAGACCGCGGGCCCCUGCUGCCACUCGCCCGGCGCCCCUCUCCCGCCCGAGCGAGGGCCAGGUGUUCCACACAGAUUCUCGUGACCUUAAGGACCAGGAAUUCGGGGAGGCACAAGGUCUUCCCACGAAAGGAGCAGAUAUCUGGAAGAGAAAGGGUGCCCGGCAGAUCCUGCCUUGGGGCCAGCAGUGUCCAAAGAGCCGUGGGAAGCCGGCAGAGCCCAGCGCAGGGAGUGGGAAGGAGCCCCAGCCCCAGGCUGAGCCUGUGUUCUGAAGGAUUUGCUUGUUGGGCUGUCCUCUGGAUGCCCUGCGCUCUGAGCCUGCCGCCGAGAACCAAAGAAGAUACCAGAGCAGGCACCGGGCUGGGCGGCGGGAGUGCGGCCUCCGCACCCCUAGUGGCUGGCUGCGGGCUCUGGCGGGGGGACUCUCGCUUCCUGCCAGCUCGCGGCUCCAGUGCUUGAUGGGGCUGCCUUUUGGUAGAGCAGCUUUUGCCGAGCCUGGUAGGAGCCAAGAGCCGUGGGAAGAGGUCCCGCGGCGCCCAAGCCUCGGGUCGCCCCAAGACUAAGUUCUUUCCCAAGUCAGAGAGGGAGAGAGAAAGCGACAAAAAAGAGGAGAGUUCUGUCCACCCGCCCCCUCCCUGCCCGUCAUGUCCUCCAAGCCGGAGGCCAAGGACGCCCACCAGCGGAACGGGACCGGCCCACCUCCCUCUCCCUGCUCUUCGGAUGGCCCCGGGCGAGAGCCCUUGGCUGGGACCUCAGAGUUCCUGGGGCCUGACGGGGCCGGGGUGGAGGUGGUAGUGAUCGAGUCCCGGGCCAACGCCAAGGGGGUCCGGGAGGAGGAUGCCCUGCUGGAGAACGGGAGCCAAAGCAACGACAGCGACGACGUCAGCACCGACCGCGGCCCCGCGCCCCCCUCGCCGCUCAAGGAGACCUCCUUUUCCAUCGGGCUGCAAGUGCUCUUUCCCUUCCUCCUGGCAGGCUUUGGGACUGUGGCUGCCGGCAUGGUGCUGGACAUCGUGCAGCACUGGGAAGUCUUCCAGAAGGUGACGGAGGUCUUCAUCCUGGUGCCUGCGCUGCUGGGACUCAAAGGGAACCUGGAAAUGACCCUGGCAUCAAGGCUGUCCACGGCAGCCAACAUUGGGCACAUGGACACGCCCAAGGAGCUCUGGCGGAUGAUCACGGGGAACAUGGCCCUCAUCCAGGUGCAGGCCACUGUGGUCGGCUUCCUGGCAUCCAUAGCAGCCGUCGUCUUUGGCUGGAUCCCUGAUGGCCACUUCAGUAUCCCACAUGCCUUCCUGCUGUGUGCCAGCAGCGUGGCCACAGCCUUCAUUGCCUCCCUGGUGCUGGGUAUGAUCAUGAUCGGGGUCAUCAUUGGCUCUCGCAAGAUUGGGAUCAACCCAGACAAUGUGGCCACGCCCAUCGCUGCCAGCCUGGGUGACCUCAUCACCUUAGCACUGCUCUCAGGCAUCAGCUGGGGACUCUACCUGGAACUGAAUCACUGGCGAUACAUCUACCCGCUGGUGUGUGCCUUCUUCGUGGCCCUGCUGCCUGUCUGGGUGGUGCUGGCCCGACGGAGCCCAGCCACAAGGGAGGUGUUGUACUCGGGCUGGGAGCCUGUCAUCAUUGCCAUGGCCAUCAGCAGUGUGGGAGGCCUCAUCUUGGACAAGACCGUCUCGGACCCCAACUUCGCAGGGAUGGCUGUCUUCACACCAGUGAUCAAUGGUGUCGGGGGCAACCUGGUGGCAGUGCAGGCCAGCCGCAUCUCCACCUUCCUGCACAUGAACGGGAUGCCAGGAGAGAACUCGGGGCAAGCUCCGCGCCGCUGCCCCAGUCCCUGCACCACCUUCUUCAGUCCUGAUGUGAAUUCCCGCUCAGCCCGGGUCCUCUUCCUCCUCGUGGUCCCAGGACACCUGGUAUUCCUGUACACCAUCAGCUGCAUGCAGGGCGGGCACACCACCCUCACUCUCAUCUUCAUCAUCUUCUAUAUGACAGCCGCACUGCUCCAGGUGCUGAUUCUCCUGUACAUCGCAGACUGGAUGGUGCACUGGAUGUGGGGCCGAGGCCUGGACCCAGACAACUUCUCCAUCCCGUACUUGACUGCUCUGGGGGACCUGCUUGGCACUGGGCUCCUGGCACUCAGCUUCCACGUCCUCUGGCUCAUUGGGGACCGAGACACAGAUGUCGGGGACUAGCUUUGGUCACUCAACCUUUUCCCCAUCCCUCUGCACUUUCUAUGUGGAUUUUUCUUUUGUUCUCCUAUCCUUACCCAACCCCACACUCCCACCUCUUUCUAAGACUUCACUUUGAUACCAAAUUCUCAUUAUUUUCAAUGGGAAUUUUUUUAUACAUUGAGCCAAGUUUGGAUAGCAAGAAUUCGGGAAGGACAAACGGACUGAGAUAAGCGUACAAGGAGCUUUCUGAGACAAUCACCAAGUGCAAUUUCGUUGUGGGUACCUCCAGGUGGAGUGGCUUGGGGCAGGGGGUUUCUAUCCGGGAUCCGUGGACAUUUGGUUUGCCUUUCGCGACUUCAGUCUCGCCCUCACGGGAAACUCCUUGUGAACAGGCUCUGGGUUUUUGUUUUUUUUUGGGUUUGUUUGUUUGUUUCUCUUUCAUUCUUUCGCUUUUUGUUUUGUGUUUUUGUUGUUUUGGGUUGAACAGAAGGAUAGGUGACACUCCCCACCCCCACAUCCGCUUUUGUAGAAAUGGACCAAUUUCAAAGCACUGAGCAGGAGACAGCUGCUCCAGGCCCCCAGAAUCCUAGCCCCGCCCCCACCCUCCAGACCCCGCCCCUCCUGCUCUCAGAAGGACUAAGCUGGACCGACUGUUGGAGCUGUCUACGUGCCUGGUGCCUGACUGCCUGAAUGACAUCACCAGCCCCUCCUGAAAAUUUCCCACUUGAUUGGCACCUGCAGGAAAAAUAAGCAGUGGCCUGGUCUUCAUUGGCCGCAUGUCCACCUAUACGUUUCCCGAGACCCAGGGCUCAGAGGAUGGAUUCUGUGUCUGUUCCACCUUACCCUCAAACUGUGUCUAAGCACUACCUUGCCCCGAGGGCACCGGUUGGGAUGUGAGACUGGGGACAGAGCACGGGUGCGUGGUGAAUGACUUGGUGGGUGAGGGCAACCAGCAGUGCCACAUGGCUGCUCUUUGCCCUGAGGACAUCACCCUGUGGUCGCCUUAGACUGUCACUUUCUAAAUCACUCAUUCUACUCCUGCCCACCAAUGUCUGUCAUUCAUUCAUUCACUCAUUCAACAAACACAGCCUUCCAAGAUGAGUGCUGUGGCAGGCAUGGUCUAAAACACUCUGAGCAGUGUGGAUUGUGCACCUGCUGUGGGUCAGGUACUGUGCCAGGCACUGCCUAGCCCAGGGUGAGGGGAUCAGUGCUAACUGACCCCAUCCCCUACACCCCAGAGGCCUCGUGCAGUCUGGCAAGAGAAAGCUUCCUCACUGGACGGAUGCAUUUGCCUCUCCUUCACCAAGUCACAUUCUGCCUCCUUUCCCCUCCCCCAUCCCGACUUUGUGCAAUGCUGACCCACCAGCCCCAGUGCUCAAGCAGGGGCGGUGUCCCUCAGCUGCCCUUCCCACCUCUCUCCCCAGGCUGGACAAAGCUCCUCUCUGCCUGGCACAACACUGGGGAAAAACUGGAGCCCUGUCUUCCCCUCACACUGCUCCAAAUGGCUCAGAAACUGUCCGCACUCACGGGCGAGCCGGGGCGUUUGGGUGCAGGCUUUUGCUCAGCUCUGUCCGAAGCCUUCCCAUGAGCCCUCCCCUCUGUAGCUGUAAGGUUCCACAUCCAAGGCAAGGCCCCAGCUGUGGCCUCUUCCCACCGACACCAUGCCCUAGACCUGCAGAGCCUGGCUUUUCUCUCCCUCCCUUGCCACCCAGGCCCCGUCCAGAGUCCUAGAACCUUAGAAAUGGAAGGAGUCAUAGAGGUUCCAUAGUUGAAGUUGGGUCCAACAGCUCAUUAACACCAGCCUGAGCUUGUGUCCGCUCGUCUUUCUGGCUGCCUUUCACCUUUGCCUCCACCUCGAAACAAUGGACUCUUGUACAGGCACCAACCCAACUCCCGCCCCUGAGCCUGUGCCCCUGUGCCCCAGCCACUCAUCGCUCCAUCUCGAGCUCAGCCAGGCUGUCCAGGCGGGCUCUGGAGCGCCCUCCUCUGCCUCACAAGCAGGCAGGCGGGCAUGCCCCGGGCCCAUGUCAGCAGAGGACUGUGGGGACGGGGAAGACAAGUUGACUGUGGAAGAUUCAUUUCGGAUCCCCCGACUGUACCAACUGCAUGAGCUUUAGGCCUGGCUGCACGGAGCAAUAUUGGUUUACUCUUGUAUCCUUAAAAAGUUACAGAACUGUGUCUUAAAGAGAAUUAUUUAUAGUUACUAUAACUGAAUUGACAGAUGUCAACUUAACUGAUAAAUUAUAUUUGGUAAAAUAAAGAGGAUGUUUAUUUA